AACUCCUCGCACCCUUUUCAUCAAAAUUCAAAUCAACCACAUUUUUCCUCACUUCAAAUUCAAAAAUCCCCAAAAUCUAGUUUCAAAAUGUCAGGAAGAGGAAAGGGAGGAAAAGGAUUGGGCAAAGGAGGAGCUAAACGACACCGUAAGGUACUUCGUGAUAACAUCCAGGGAAUCACAAAGCCUGCAAUUCGGCGUUUGGCUCGUAGAGGAGGAGUGAAACGUAUUUCUGGUUUGAUUUACGAGGAGACACGAGGUGUAUUGAAGAUAUUUUUGGAGAAUGUGAUUCGUGAUGCUGUGACUUACACUGAGCACGCUAGGAGAAAGACUGUUACUGCUAUGGAUGUUGUUUAUGCCCUCAAGAGACAGGGCAGGACUCUCUACGGAUUUGGGGGUUAGAUUUGUCAAAUUAGGGUUUUUGUGGGGUAAUGAUUGUAGAUUUGUUCUUUACUUUCUGAUGUGGAUUAGGGUUGGUUAGUUUUUGUUGAGCUUUGAUAAUGUAAUUCUCCAUUACAUAUUCAAGGAAUAGUAAUUGCCCAAAAGAAUCUCAUUACUCAUA